GUGUGGUAAUUAAUAGGGAGUCAAGAGUCGGCCACGGCCAGGUUGUAGAGGUAACACGAUGUGAACCCCAUAGAGAGUGACCACUGUGUCAUUAUACUUUCUCCAAUGUUGCAUGCUGAGAUGUUACAGGUUCCGUCUCUUACCCAUCAAGAAUGCCCUACCAAUUGCCAGGACCAGUACGAAGGUGUAAUAUUUGUCAACGGGCAGUAUGUCAAUUUAGUCUCUUUCAUGGCAGCGCUCGACCCUCAAGCUCAGACCUUACGCUACCAUUUGUCCAUCUUCUGGCGAUUGGAUUUUUUUCAGAUGUUACCAUUGGUUCCUGAUGUAAAUCCAUGAUUCGUCUAGACUGACCAUGCAUGCAAAGCCAAAAUAAGAAUGCAUGCGAAGAGAAUAAACAACUGAAUACUUGUUAUUUGGUUACGUGACUCCUUGCUAAAACUAAUCUUAAAUAAGUAAGUAAAUUUGAGUUUGAUUU